AUGGAAAGCAACAUGAAGGAGGAACUAGAUAGAAGAAGGAGAGCGGCUUGGGUCACAUUCGGGUCGCUCAAAGAAGCCACCGACCAACUGAAGGACCCGAAAAUUCGCGCUCAUGUUUUCAAUUCUACGGUACUCUCCACGCUCUGUCAUGCUGCAGAGGCGUGGGUUGACACCUCAAUCACGUCAAGAAUGCUUCGCACUACUCACAGAGCGCUUGAGCGAUGUCUUCUGAAACAUAACCGACACUCUCAAUAUCCAGCCGGAAUGCAAAGCUCUGAUCUUCGAAAUCUACCGUAUCUUCGAGAUCCAGGAGGGUGUUCGUAA